AGCGCGAGCGGCUCGAGCCGGGUAUAACUCCGCGCGCCGGUGCUGCUGUGCCUGCAGCGCUCCGCACCUCAGCUCCCCUGAGCUCCGCACCCGCACCGUCCCGCCGAGCGAGCGAGCGAGUCAGCCAGAGAGACAGGGGCAGGGCAAGCAGUCGCGGAGCACGGGCUGUUAGGGAGCAAGAAUAAAGUCAGCCGAACACAGCAUCGGCCGCUUCCCGCUCCGCAGAAGUGAGGAGACACCUCGGGGGCAACAUGACGGCGUGGCUGAGCUUCCUCAUCGUGUUCCUGUGCAGCUGGAGCCUGCGGGACUUGGUGGUGGAGGCUUGCACUUGCGUCCCCAUCCAUCCGCAGGACGCUUUCUGCAACUCCGACAUCGUGAUCCGAGCUAAAGUGGUGGGGAAGAAGCUCAUGAAAGAUGGACCCUUUGGAACAAUGCGAUACACAGUAAAGCAGAUGAAGAUGUACAGGGGCUUCCAGAUAAUGCCACAUGUUCAGUACAUCUACACAGAAGCCUCUGAGAGUCUAUGUGGAGUCAAGCUGGAGGUCAACAAGUACCAAUAUCUGAUUACAGGCCGGGUGUAUGAGGGGAAGGUUUACACUGGCCUGUGCAACUGGUAUGAGAAAUGGGACCGGCUGACUCUGUCGCAGCGCAAAGGACUGAACCACCGUUAUCACCUGGGCUGUAGCUGCAAGAUUAGGCCCUGCUACUAUUUGCCCUGCUUUGCCACCUCCAAGAAUGAGUGCAUUUGGACAGACAUGCUCUCCAACUUCGGCCACUCGGGAUAUCAAGCAAAGCACUAUGCCUGCAUCCAGAGGGUGGAAGGCUACUGCAGCUGGUAUAGAGGAUGGGCACCUCCAGACAAAACGAUAAUCAAUGCCACAGAUCCCUGAGCAGCUUUCCCUUUUCUUAUCUCCCCUCUCCCUUACUUGUGGCUGAUCUUCCUUUGGACACUAACUCUUACCAGAUCGUGAUGAUGACAAUGAAAUUAGUGCCUAUUUUCAUGCAAAUUCUAGCACUUCGAACACUUAAAAAAGAAAAGGAAAAAAAAAGGAAAGGAAAGAAAAAAGUCUGUGCUACCUUACUGAAUUUUUAAUCACCUUUUCCAUUUUUUGAUACCACUCAUUCUGAUCAGACAACAUAUGGGAGCUUACUUUUGCACACCAGAGGGAAAAAUGGGAGGGAAAAAAAAAGAAAAAAAUAAAAAAAGAUGGAGCUCUUGCUCUGUUACAUGUAUCAUUAGCUGUAGCAAUAUAAUCUCUAUUUUUUUAGGAAAACAAAAAUCUAAAAACUAUGCCAAUUAGGCACUGUAUUCUUCUAUGCGCUGGCUUCCCAUCACCCCUCCUCACGCACUAAGUGCUGAAAAUACAUAGAAAAACCUAUUUUAAGGGAAACAGAUUUCAUUAAUCAGAUUAAUCAGGCAAAUGAAGGAAAAUGAAAAGAAACCCAGCCUAAACUAUGGACAAGAUGACAUCCAAAAGAAAUCCUCCUCUCUAGGAGAGAUUGUCAAUGUGAUUGACUCCAGCAAUGGGAGACUUUACCUGGUGUGUUUGACCACAUCAUCUGGUAAAAGCAUUGUUGACUGACUGUCCUUGCUAAUUCAGUCACAGUGCGAAUGCAACAGCACAUUUGGAGUUCUGGCUUUACCCAGAACAAAAGAGAGUAUUUUGUAUUCUUGUUGUUGUUGUUUCAAAAACAAAAAACCCAUCCCCUAUUUUCAGGGAGGUAAAUGCAACUACAGCAGAGCAUAAGAAAGGUUGUCCCAUCCUGUUUUGAGCAGCAUUGGCCCCUGAAAUUUUUGCAGCUUAGCUUCAACAGGAAAACCAGCUUGUGAACACCCAAGACCAAACAGAUGCAACAAUAACAACUGUAAAUCAAUCAUGUCCGAGAGGGAAAGGGGAGACUUGCUAGAACUCAUAUUAUUAAAAAAAUAUUGCCAAAAUAGUGUUUUGCUGAACUAAGAUGUAUAUACACAUAAUGACAUAAGCUAUUUUUGACAGGAUGUGGAAUUUUUUUGGUGUUAUAAACAAAAGAAUGGUUUGAUUGUGUUUUAAAGACAGAAAUAUUGACAUUCCGAGUUGGUGAGUCGCUUUUAAGAUAUUGAAGCUCCAGUGUAUCUGCAGUAGUGGCUA